AUGCAGGACCCAAAUGAAGACACAGAGUGGAACGAUAUCCUCCGGAAGAAGGGGAUCCUGCCUCCGAAAGAAGUCCCCAAAGAGGAUGAGGAGGAGGAGGCGCUGGCUCUUCAGCAGUCUGUCGUGAAAACCUACGAGAGCAUGACGUUAGAAGAACUGGAGGAGAACGAGGAUGAAUUUGGUGAAGACGACGAAGCUGCGAUUGAGAUGUACAGACAGAAGCGGCUCGCGGAGUGGAAAGCAGCUGAAAUGAAGAAUAAGUUUGUAGAAGUGGGUGAAAUCUCAGGACAGGACUACAUCAAAGAGGUCAACGAGGCCGGACCCGGGAUCUGGGUCAUCCUGCAUCUCUACAAACCGGGGAUCCCUCUCUGCACCUUGAUAAACCAGCACCUCAGCGUCUUGGCGCGGAAGUUUCCCCAGACCAAGUUCCUGAAGUCCAUCUCCACCACCUGCAUCCCCAACUACCCCGACCACAACCUGCCCACCAUCUUUGUUUACCACGAGGGCGACAUGAAGGCCCAGUACAUCGGCCCGCUGGUCUUCGGCGGCAUAAACCUCAAACUGGACGAGCUGGAGUGGAAGCUGUCUGAGAGCGGAGCGGUGAAGACGGAGCUGGAGGAAAACCCUAAAAAACAGAUCGAAGACAAACUGAUGUCGUCGAUCAGGAGCUCGUUACCGUCGAGGAGAGACAGCGACGACAGCGACCAGGACUAA